AUGACCCGCUUCCCUCCCUUCGCAACUCUCCAUCUUCAAUUCCCUUUGAGUCCAUCAUCAUCCCGCGCUCAACUUGCGCGUAUCAUCAUCAUUCGCAGCACUACCGUCAUCAUUUAUCGUUCGAGGUCGCUGCUUUCCACCAACGACUGCAUCUACGACCCCGCUUUAGAGCAGCCAGACCCAGCUGUAGCUUACAUACACGCGUCAACAAGCACCACCGAAUAG